UCUAGUAAUGGGUUCGUCUAAUAUUUACUUAAAAAAAUAAAACAUUGCAAAUUCUCUCUAUUUCCGCAAUUAGUGCGCGUCAAGAUAAUCUUCGGUCUGGUUUGCUGACUAAAUUACAAUCCUCAUUGUCACAAAAUCCGAAACUAAACAAUAAACAUUACGGAUAUCAUAGAUAAUGAGCUGCGUUGUUUCCUCUUCAUUUUAUCCACCCUCUCAUCCGUGAAAUGUGUAUUUCGAAUGCUAAAUCGUCGAUUUGUGCCUUUGAUUCGCUUCUCACGCUUAAAUUUAAACACUUGACUUCUUGCCCCAACUGGUGGGCAGUAACGAUAACGGUGGGAAGUUUUAAAAUCGAGCCUGCGUUAAUUGUUUCUGUUAUCAGUGAUAAGUCGCGAUAGGCGCAGUUUAGUCAUCACACGAAACAACCAAGUCCUCCUGUUUCGACUUUUCCACGAGAUGAAACAACACGAAUGUUGAUAACAAAGAAAGGAGAAGAAGAGAGUGGGGCUUGAGCGUGAUAGUGGUGAAAAUCGCGCAGUUUCUGUGUAGCGAUGGAGAAGACAACGUCCACACCGUCGCUACACUCGAAAUUCCUGAAACGACCGGAUUCCCUCCAGUUGGAGCUUUUGCCCAUUCCGGAGGAUGGACCCCUGGCCAAGUACCAGCAAAGCUCGACGGGCUUGGUGCAUGUCGGGUUCAAGGACCUCACCUACACCGUCAAGGAGGGAAUCCUGCGAAGGAAACCAAGAGACCUUUUACGUAAAGUGAACGGCGAAUUUUCGGCCGGAGAACUAACAGCAAUAAUGGGCCCUUCCGGCGCUGGUAAAUCAACCCUUAUGAAUAUAUUAGCAGGAUAUACGAGAUCAGGAGUGGCAGGAAAGCUUCUCGUAAAUGGUGAAGAAAGAGAAGAAAGUACAUUUAGGAAACAAUCGUGUUAUAUAAUGCAAAAUGACAAUCUCCAGCCUUUGCUCACAGUUCAUGAGGCAAUGACUGUGGCCGCAAAUCUCAAACUUAGUGCGAGGAAUACUCACAGAGAGAAGCAAUCUAGGGUUAAAGAAAUAUUGGAAUCUAUAAACUUGUGGCAGAAUAGGAAGGUGAAAACGUGUUCUUUGUCCGGGGGACAAAAGAAGCGUCUAUCUAUAGCUUUAGAACUGCUGAAAAAUCCUCAAGUUAUGUUUUUUGACGAGCCCACAAGCGGGCUCGAUAGUCUAACGUCGAAACAAUGCGUCAUGCUUUUGAAACAAAUCGCUUCGACUGGUCGCACGGUGAUUUGUACGAUUCAUCAGCCAAGUGCUAUGAUUUUCGAAAUGUUUGAUCAUCUUUACGCGGUAGCUAAUGGCUAUUGUAUUUAUCAAGGAACGGUCGAAGGUCUCCUUCCAUAUUUGGAACAAAGCAACUUGAAAUGUCCACCGUAUCACAAUCCUGCGGAUUACCUUUUGGAGGUGGCAUCUGGCGAUUACGGCGACUUCACUGAAAUCUUGGUCAAGCAGUCAGAUAACGGCUUAAAUCAAGAAUGGCGAAACAAACAAAGGAACUCUCUCCAAUUUCAAUCGCUUGACCACAUAGACAAGUUAAUGGAAAGUGGGCAAAUAACCCCAGUCAAGGCCCCUCCAAUCCUGUUCAAAAAAAUAACCAAUGGUAACGCCAAAGAGGCCACUUUUUGCGGCAACAGUCAGUACCCGACUUCGUUCUGUAACCAAAUCUACGUGUUACUGAAACGGACAUUUCUCUUGAUAAGUCGUGACCGAACUUUGACAUAUUCGAGGAUAUCGACACACUUAGGAAUAGCCCUUUUUAUCGGAACACUUUAUCACGGUAUAGGAGAGGAUGCUUCGAAUGUUCUCAAUAACUUCAAUUUCUUAUUUUUCUCCGUGAUGUUUCUGAUGUUGACGGCGUUCAAUUGCGUCACAACAACCUUCCCUUCCGAAUUGCCCAUUAUUACGAGGGAGCACUUCAAUAAAUGGUAUUCGCUCAAGUCGUAUUAUUUAGCAAUAACACUAGCUGAUAUUCCAAUACAAAUGGUGGCGACACUUCUUUACGCGAUUGUUACUUACUUUCUUACAAUGCAACCAGUGGAAGCCUUUCGAAUAUUUUCAUUCCUCUUUAUGUGCGUUCUGAUAUCGCUAGUGGCGCAAAGUUUCGGAUUAUUUAUAGGCGCCAUCAUGGACAUAAAGAACGGUGUGAUAUUUGGACCAUUUUGCUUUCUCCCCUUCACAAUCUUUUCGGGAUUUUUCGUCCAAUUGAACGACUCUCAUCCCUAUAUGAGGUGGCUGUUUCACAUAUCAUUUUUGAAAUAUGGUCUGGAAGGGUUAGUUUUAUCAGUUCUGGGCUACGAUCGCGGCAAAUUGCCCUGCAGUGCGGACUAUUGCCAUUUCGUGUAUCCUGAGAAGUUUCUAGAUCAGAUGGAUAUGGAAUAUGCUCAGUAUUCAACAGCUGUGAUUUUUAUGUUAAGUCUGGUUGCUAUCAUUAGAAUUGCGGCUUAUUUCGCCUUGAGUCUGCAAAUCAAAAAGCGGACGUGAAAUUUCGUUAGUUAUGUAAAAUGUGUUCAAAUGAAAUGUGAUAAGAGAAUGAGUUAUUUAUUUUUUGUUGUUUGGUUGUCCUAGUCUUUAUAGUUUUAUAAAUAGAAACGAACAUUGAGUUGAUUUGGAUGUUAGAAUAAGGUGCACAUUGUAAGCUUUGAUAGGCCGAUUUACAAUCAAGUUUUUGUAAAAAAAUUUACAAAAUAAAUAUGAUU